UCUUGGGACGGGAACAUUCUGGUUAGUAUAAACUGAAAAUCAUUUUAUUAUGAUUGGAUGAUUCUCGGAAUACUGCGCUUCUCGCUUGGAAAAUGAUCAGGGAUGGUUGCUUAAUGAAAAUUACAAGGUCCUGGAACAAGGUUCCUACUAAGAAGAAUCCCAACAUUUUGGGCAGAAAUUUGAAUACCAAUCAAGUUGAAGAAACAUCAGCCUGCAGCAGAAGCAGUCAGGGUCCCAGCACAAGUGAUAGGGAGCCUAAAAAUACAAUACAUUAUCAUGAAAACGUUCAAAUGAGGUCCGUUUGUGUGAAUUCCAUGAAAGUAAACCAAGAUGAGUUACAACCAAAGAGCAAUUUAAAAGUGGGUCUUCGCCGCGUCAGAAACUGUUUCUCUCUCUUCACUCCUCAGUCCUCUACUCCUCUGGGGCAGCUGCAGUGCCCCAGCGUCGGUGCGCCUGUGCAGAAGCAAAUAAAAGACAAACAUCAUGCAUUUAAUUCCAAAUCUAAGGCUUCAACAAUGGAUUCCAGUUUGGUGCUUGUUUCAACUACCAUUUCGUCUGUCAAUCAUGUUUCUGAUGUGGAGAUGAGUUCUGCUCUUGACUGUUUGCCUAUGUUGACUGAUUGGGAGGAUGUAGCUUUACUGCCAGCAUCUCAGCCUGAGCAAAAUAUAGAUUAUAUGCCUCUCAUUAGUGACUCGAACUUAGCUACUUCAUUAAAGUCUGGAGAAAGAUUAGUGGUUCUAAAAGAAUCUGAAUUGCUAAGUUAUGAGGACUUUGAAAGCACAGAAGAAACUCCUCAAAAAUCGGAGACCUCUAAGUCAGUUGUGUAUAAGAGUCCACAUACUACUAUUUAUAAUGUAAAAGAAGCCAAAGAUCCAAGGUCAGAUGUUUCUAACUUUAAAUUACCUGAGUGCAAAUCAAGCAGUUUGAACAGUGUUAAGGCCAGUAUGUCUUACCCUUCAGUGCUGGGGAAAUGUCUUCUUUUAGGUGGUCCUAAAAGGAAUCCACCCAGCCCCCCAGUUUUCCCCCCAGCUAAAAAGCAGCCCUUCACUAUUCAUGAAGAAAAGCCUACAUCAUGUGAUGGCUCCCCAGUGAGCUCUCGGAAGCCCCUCUCCUCUGUCUUCACUCCUACUGUUAACCUACAAGGGCCUUGGAAGAGUGGGAAAGUGACACCUCCAUUAUGCAAGUGUGGCCGAAGGUCCAAGAGACUUGUUGUUUCUAAUAAUGGACCAAACCAUGGGAAGGUCUUCUACUGUUGCCCUGUUGGGAAACACCAAGCAAACAGAAAGUGUUGUGGUUAUUUCAAAUGGGAACAAACGCUUAAACAGGAGAGGGCCAACAACACAAGUUGGUCUCAUUCCUCAGGGGCACUCAGCUCUAGUUCUCCAGAAACAGGCCAUGUUUGUGACCAAAAGGGAAAUGUUUCUACUAAAAAUUCUUUGAGACUCAGACCUUCAAUGAGGAAUUGAUGAACUUUAUAUCUAAACUAUGUUUUUACUUUAGUGUGACUUUAAUGUAAAGAGGAAAGCAUAUAUGGCUACAAGUUACGAGAACAGCAUUAUCUGAGCUCUGUAGACUUCACUUGGACUUUUACACACACACACACACACACACACACACACACACACUGAAAAGAGAGACAAAUUUCACAGGCUUCUAAUUUCAGUCACCAGCUAUCUAACUUCUGUCUUUUGUUCAUGUAUGAAUACUGAUUGUUCCUUGAAUUCCCAAACAUGAGUAAUCUUAAAAUGCCUUACGCUAUUUUAUUUAUAUUUCAUAUUUGGCAUUUGCCAAAUUUAUCAUACUUUGAAGAACCACAAGUGAAAUAUUUUGUAAACUGCAUUUAUUAAAUACUGGAGGCCCGGUGCAUGAAAUUUGUGCACAGGUAGGGUCCCUAGGCCUGGCCAGUGAUCAGGGCCCAUCAGAUUCCUGGCUUCCCCGCUUCCUCCUUCCCUCGCUCCCUUCCUGCCCCUCUGCUGCCGCUGGUUGCCUGCCAUGUUCCACGCCGCUCCCUGCUGGUCAGCCCACGUCAUAGCGAGCAAUUAAACUCCCGAGGGGACAAUUUGCAUAUUAGCCUUUUAUUAUCUAUACUAAUAAAAGCCUAGGUGGUCCUCGCGCCCUUGCACGAUGCCCUCAUGUCAUCACAAGAUGGCCACCACAAGAUGGCUGUCAGGGGAUGGCAGUUGUGGGCGAUCAGGCCAGCAGAGGAGGGCAGUUGGGGGUGAACAGGUCUGCAGGGGAGGGCAG